AUGAGCGAUGCAAGGGAAGCCUCAGGCGGAUCUGAGCCGUCCGUAUCGGCUCAGGUCCGCGGGAUCGGGGAAGGGGAGUCCGGCGGGAAGUUUGGCGGAAGGUUCUUGCAGGAUGACGUGGGGCCGAACCAGGUGGUUCUCGAGGCGCAGGCGCGCGUGUGCACGGGACCCACGCAGACCCGUCCGCUGGGCGAAGAGGAGAUGCGGCGCGUGCUGGAGCAGAUUUUGCUUUCAGGUGUGCCCUCAGCAGGUGUUCUGUCAGCCAAGGGGGAACUGCCUCCAUCAGAGCGCGUCUCACGGGCGCAGAUGGGGGCGUUCUUUGCGGGAAUGACGGUGCGAAGUAACCGCUUCCCGCCAGCCACGCAGUGGAGCGAGGGGGAGAGGCGCGCGCUGGUUGACAUGUGGCCCGCCCUCAGAUACCACCUCCCCCGGGACGUGCUCUUCCUUGCCGACCCGCAGGUGGGUUCUGGUCUGGUGAAGGAGUAUGGUGAAAAGCCCUCAGGUACCACCUCCCCCGGGACGUCCUCUUCCUUGCCGACCCUCAGGGAGCCGACACAGUCUCUUGCUCAGGGUCCCAUUUUCAACAAUGUUCUCCCAGUGGGUCCCACGUUUUUCGGACAUGGGUCGGAGCAGGAGGCACAGGGAUCCAUAUUCAACGAUGCCUUGCCUGUGGGGCCCACGUUCAACGGGCAUGGGUCGGAGCAGGAGGCGCAGGUGGUGGGGUGGGGGGAUGUGCAGUGGUGUGCGGGAUCCAUAUUCAACGAUGCCUUGCCGGUGGGGCCCACGUUCAAUGGGCAUGGGUCGGAGCAGGAGGCGCAGGUGGUGGGAGACCUGAGGGACAUUCUUUUCGGCGUGCACCUUGGCUUUCAGGUGAGAUCUCAGGUGGAAUCUCAGAAUCUGCUGCCUAUGAGGGGCGGCCGUGAGGAGCGAGCGGAGGGAGUGAGCGAUGCACUGGUGGCGGCGUAUCUCAUCGCCGUGCGCAUGAACCGAGAGACCGACAGAGAGCUCAAGGCCUUCUGCCUGGCCUUUGAUCAGACCGACCGCGAGCUCAAGGCGUUUUGCCUCGCGUUUGAUCAGGUAGGGUGGUGGGAUGCAAGCUCAUGCAUGGGUGACAUGGGUUGGUUGAGUGAUGCUCUGGUGGCGGCGUAUCUCAUUGCAGUGCGCAUGAACCGAGAGACCGACAGAGAUCUCAAGGUCUUCUGCCUGGCCUUUGAUCAGCUCACGCUACUUCCUCAUGACCCUUCAUUUCUUUCUCCUUUUGCCCUCCCCCCUCGCCUCUCCUCCUGCCAUCAGGAAAUGGGUCCAGCCCCCAUCGCAAGAGUGCCCUCCUUGACCCACUACGGGGAUCCCUACGACGGCAGCACGCGCUACUUCCGCCCCACGCUCUUCGUGGCGGCAGUCAGGGCGAGCUGUGGAGAAGCGUGCCUGCUGCAUGGGGUGGACGCCUUUCCGCCCAAGUUGGGGGCCACGGAGGAGGCUAUGUUGAGUCUGUUGGGGGCCAACACCAGCCUCUCGCCCUCACAAGCUGCUGCCAUUCUGGAGGACCCUCAAGUCCACAUGGCAUAUCUCAGCCUCAAGGACUGCUCUACUCUCCCUCAUGGGCCACCACAAGAAGCCACUGUUGUUCCCGACUCUCCUCUCUUUCCGGACCCUCAAGUCCACAUGGCAUAUCUCAGCCUCAAGGACUGCUCUACUCUCCCUCAUGGGCCACCACAAGAAGCCACUGUUGUUCCCGACACUCCUCUCUUUCCGGUCUUGCCCGUCUCUGCUGUCCAUGUGCAUGCACGCAGGACCCUCAAGUCCACAUGGCAUAUCUCAGCCUCAAGGACUGCUCUACUCUCCCUCAUGCUACUCAUUGGCAUCAGGGCGAGAGGCAAUGGGCUCGUGGUGAAGGGCGAGGAGGGGUCUCUGGCUCCACUGCUUACCGCUUCCACCCGCUUCUCUUGCUGCUUCUGCACUUUGCCCUUCAUCCAACACCAGGCAUCAGGGCGUGAAGCCAUGGUGGCAGGGUUCUACCACGAGGGGUACGAGGAACCUCUGCUCAUGCUCAUGCGCAGGCAGCCCGUGGAAGCAGGGCUGGUGGCAUCAGGCCGAGAGGCCAUGGUAGCAGGAUUUUACCACGAGGGGUACGAGGAACCUCUGCUCAUGCUCAUGCGGAGACAGCCCGUGGAAGCAGGGCUGGUGGUGAAGGGCGAGGAGGGGUCUCUGGCUCUCAUGACCCGCCGCCCGGCCCCGGAUGCUCCCAAGAAAGGCCGCCCGGUGAACUACUGCGCGGGAUUCCGGCCGGGAAAUAAUGGGAGUGGAUGGGCGGGGAGGGGAGAGGGGAGGGGUGCGGGGAGGGGGGCGGAGGGAGGGGAGGAGAGUGAGAGUGGAGGGGAGGAGGAUGGGUUUUAUCGAGAGACGUUUUCGAUGGAAGCUGAUGCUGUGGCGGCUGGGAUGCAAGAGACUCUCACACCAAGAAUUGACCGAUCGGCGCAGAAGAAUCUUGACCUGGGCCUGGAAGCACUGAGAGGAGUUAAAGGGCCGGCGUAUGACAGGAUAGUGUUCAAUGCAGCGGUGCAGGAUCACCUGUUGGGGUGGGGGGCGAGGGUGAUUGGGCUGGAAGCAGCGGUGGAGAGGGCGAGAGAGGCAGUGGAUAGUGGGCGGGCGUUGAGGCAUCUCAUGGGGUAUGUGGAGCGCAGCAAGCUGAUGCGGUGA